AUGUGGCUGGCCCUCCUUUAUAGCAUUAUGUGCUUCACAACGGCUAGCAAUCUUGGGAUAGGAACAGAGCAGGGGGCCUGGAGGUCUAGCAAACCUAAUACGUCUCAUCCAGAGUACCUGGAACAACUCAUUGACUGUCUCAUCCUUGGAGAUUACAGUCGCGGAGGCCCUCAUGCUAUGGAAGCGCUCCUCAAUUACUGCUUAUUUGAACACGUAAGACGUCGCGAUCCCGACACAAGGAACUGGUCACUUCUAGGCGUCAUUCUACGCCUGGCAUUCCGAAUGGGCUGUCACCUUGAACCUUCACGCUUUCCUGUGAUCAGUCCGUUUCAAGGGGAGCUCCGAAGAAGGUUGUGGAUGAUGUUAUACGGCAUGGACAUGGUGUUCUCUUUACAAAUGGGAAUGCCCCGCAUGAUUAAAGACGAGAAUAGCGACAUUAUGCCUGCCCGCAAUCUUUUCGAUACUGAUUUCGACGAAGACACAAUGGAACUACCACCAUCGCGCCCAUUUGGGGAGAUUACACCCAUGUCAUUCUGGCUGGCAAGGCAUGAGUUUAUGGUCAUUAUGGCCAGUAUUGCUGAUCUCGCUAUUUCAACUACAGUAACCAACGAACCUUGCUCCGAACAGAAAAUGCGACACUUGGACGAACUCUUGAGGAACACUUACGAAAGACUUCCGGGGGGCAUAAAAUUUACCUCCAUAUCAGCCUGUCUAUUUGCUACCUCGGAAGAUAUCAGCAACAGGCUGAGUCUCGCCGUCAUUCUACGCAAAUGUCUCAUCAUUCUCCAUUACCGGCACGUCAUUGGAGGGACAACAAAUGGCCAAGAGCACUCUCCCGCAGGCGCUCCCCAAAUGAAAGUGAGUUGCGGAUGUAGCUCAGAAUUUUGUGCCGAGUCUGUGCGAAAGUGUGUUGAUGCCGCCAUGCAACUUCUUGAAUACCAGGAUUUGAUCCACUGCGAGACUGCGAGUGGCGGCGCCCUUGCGUCGCAAGGUUGGAGGUUGUCUGCGUCGACAAUCCUCCAUGAGUUUUUAAUGGCAACCUCAGUACUCUGCAAAUAUCUGUAUUCCAUAUCCAAGAGUCAGAGUGUGGACGGAGCUUCAAAAGAUUCAGAAGUGGUGCUUAACGUCAAAGCGGCACUUUUACGAGCAAACAACAUGUUGCAGUCGCAGAGCCAUAGUUCAAGAGAUGCAGAGAAGACUGCCAACAAGCUUGGAGCUCUUUUGAAUAUGCUUCAGGUCUACAAUCACAAUGAAAAUGCACCACUGCCAGCCACUACCCCAGACGACUUGACAGAUUUUUCACUAGCGUGUUGGCCGUUAAUGAAUCAGGAUAGCUUUAUGGACGAAAGGAAUUUGUUUUUCUUGUAG